UCGGGCGUGUCUGGCUUUCAGCUACAUACCGAAUGCAUGGCGAAAAGUAAAGGUUAUCUUUAUACCUAAGCCAGGACGACAAGAUUACACCUUGGCUAAAUCCUACAGACCAAUUAGCUUAACAUCAUUCUUGCUGAAAACGCUAGAAAGACUAAGCGAAAAAGAGAUUCGGGAGACUGCUUUGAGCAAGCAACCUCUACAUCCGAACCAACAUGCCUACAUCCAAGGAAGAUCCACCGAUACGGCCCUACACACAGUUGUAAACCGUAUAGAGUGGGCGAUGGAGAACAAACUCUUCACCUUAGGAAUGUUUUUGGAUAUUGAAGGAGCGUUUGAUAAAACGACCUUCAAAAGCAUAGAACUAGCCCUACGAAAGCACGACGUGGACCCCACCCUAAGUAGGUGGGUGGCCAGUAUGCUGAGGAACAGGGAAGUAAUGAUUAAUGUAGGUGGCACUGAGAUCGAGGCUGUUGUAGACAGGGGAUGUCCUCAGGGAGGAGUUCUCUCUCCUGUACUGUGGGAUACUGUCGUUGACAGCCUGAUACGACGCCUCAAUGAUCUUGGCUACCACACAAUUGGAUACGCGGACGAUCUAGUCAUUCUGCUAACAGGAAAAAACGCAGAUACAUUAUGUGAGAUAAUGCAAGCUGCAGUAAAAAUAGUCGAGGAAUGGUGCAACAGACAUACCCUCUCCGUUAAUGGAGAAAAGACGAAACUAAUCCUGUUCACCAGGAAAAGGAAAAUUGGCACACUACAGAUGCCAAAAAUAUUUAACACAACGCUUCAACUUUCGGACGAAGUCAAAUACCUGGGAGUUGUAUUGGACUGGCGACUGAAUUGGAAGAAGCAUGUAGAUGAUAAAGUAGAAAAGGCACGCUCGGCUCUCUGGCAAUGUCGUAGGGUGGUGGGAAGGUCGUGGGGUUUAAAUCCCAAGAUCGCCCUUUGGAUCUACACGGCAAUAGUCAGACCGAUGCUGUGCUAUGGAGCUUUAGUUUGGUGGCCCAGAGCCAGACAAAAAACAACAGCCCUGCAACUUGAACACGUUCAGAGAAUGGCGUGUCUCAGUGUUACAGGAGCAAUGAGGACCACUCCCACAGCGGCUCUGGAGACUCUUCUUUGCUUAGCACCUCUCAACCUUUACAUAGAGGAAGCGGCAAUGACGACGUCUCUAAGACUUCACUCUCUGGGAGUAUGGAACAAGCAAGGCCGCACAACGAAGCACACUCGGAUCUUAACGGAGGCGUUCAACAGAAUACCCUUGUUGAGGAUGGGUUGUGACCGAAUGGGCACAAAAUUAAUAUAUGAGAAGACAUAUAGAAUAUCAAUGAGUGAUAAUUCAGAAGGACGAGCCGACAUAGAUAUCUAUGUCGAUGGUGCCAAAACAGAUAGUGGUUCAGGAGCCGGCAUCUACUCCGAACAACUGAACGCACAAAUCAGUGUACCUCUCGGCACCCACACGUCUGUCUUACAAACAGAAUUGAUGGGAAUAAUGCUGGGAGCUAGAAUCAUUGCUGAACGUGAAAUCGGCAACAAAUCAAUACGCAUACUUACUGACAGCAAGUCUGCACUACUAGCCCUGGACAGCUGUAUGGUUCGAUCCGGGCUGGUUUGGGAGUGCAGACAAACGCUAAAGUAUGUAACGCAGAGGAAUAGUGUGGUACUUUGUUGGAUCAAAGGACACAGUGGCAACGAAGGAAACGAGAGGGCAGAUGAGAUGGCGAAGCGAGCCGCGCGUAUGCCCUUCUGGGGACCCGAACCGGCAAUCACGCCUUCGGUCGCCCUCUCGAACGAACUCGUAAAGCAAUAUACCCAUAGACGCCAUGAGCAGAUAUGGGCGACGUUGAGCAGCUGUCGGCAUAGUAGAGCUUGUAUGGCGACACCAGACCGUAAGUUGACAAAAUUUUAUCUCUCACUUUCAAGGGACAAACUGCGUAAACUGGUAGGAUUCCUUACGGGACAUUACCAGUUUAACAAACAUCUACAUACGAUAGGGGUAGCAACAGACCCAAUCUGUCGUGGAUGCAAUGAAGAAGAGGAAACAGCUGAGCACAUUCUUCGUGAGUGUCCAGCCCUAGCCUCCUACAGGGAAUCCAUACUAGGGGACAUCUGGCCUAGUAUGGCAAAUAUCAGGGAGUUUCCACCCUCUGCAUUACUCAAGUACAUUCAAGCAGUUGGAUGGCUUGACGAGUAGAGGAGCGGGAAAACACCCUGAUAUGGACUUGGGGAAGGUACAAUGGGCCCAAAGGCGAGGCCUAAGUGCCGGCUGGCUACGGUCAGCCCCCAUAAAUUAAGAAUCCAGAAUCCAGAAAGGCAAGUCACCAGGAAGGCCCCCAGUUAGUGAAGAGGUGGUUGAAGAUUUGAGGGAAAGAAUGGAGCAAAGCCCAAAAAAAUCUUUGAGUAAACUGUCUUUGCAAUCUGGUGUCCCAUACACCACUUGUCAGAAAGUUUUAAAAAGAACAUUACAUAUGCAUCCCUAUAAAGUAUCGUCAAUCCAUGAACUUAAACCAGCUGAUUAUCCUCGUCGUGUUGCAUAUUGUGAAUGGUUUCAAAACAACAUGAACAACAACAGAAUUUUGGAUUUGUCAUUUUUUUCUGAUGAAGCAUGGUUUCAUCUAAAUGGCUAUGUUAAUUCGCAAAAUUAUAGAGUUUGGAGUGCUGAAAAUCCUUUUGUUUUUGAAGAAAGGCCUUUACACUCUGUUAAAGUUGGCGUGUGGUUAGCGGUUUCGCGUAGAAGAGUGAUUGGGCCAAUAUUCUUUCACAACACAAUUAAUUCCGCAAGGUAUAGGGAGCAAAUAUUAGAGGUGUUUCUAAACCACUUGGAUGAUGAGGAAUUGGAAUUUGGUUAUUUUCAACAAGACGGAGCCCCAGCCCAUAAAACAAUGGAAAAUUUAAGAUAUUUGCAAGAAUUUUAUGGGGAUCGUAUAAUAAGUCAAAAUCUUAAUCCAGAGUGGCCUGCUCGUUCACCUGAUUUGACUCCACUUGAUUAUUCAAUUUUUGGAUGGAUGAAAGAUAACAUAUACAAACAUCGAUUACAUACUUUGGAAGAACUAAUGGAUGCAAUUAUACAUUGUUGUCAAAAUAUUGAUGUAGUGAUGUUAGAAAACAUUUUUGAAAACAAAAAAAGAAGGGUAGCUUUAUGUUUACAGCAAAACGGGGAACAUUUCCAGCAUCUUUUAUAAUUGAAAGUAAUUAGCUUUUGUUGACAAUGAUUUAAUAAUGAAUAAUGAAGUAUUUGAUGAAAUGGAAGAAUUUGAAUGCUUUGAUGUUCAGGGAGUAACCUAAUUAAAAGCUGAUUAUUUUCACAGUAUGAGUGAUUGCACAGGUUUUAAAAAGUUUCAGAUGACCAAAGAAACAGUGAUGUGUAUUUCACCUUUGCUAGAACAUCAUCUAGAAUUUUAUGUAGAUAUCAGUCAAAGUUUCUCUUCAAUGAACUAACUCUUAAUUGGUUUAUGAUAUUUCGUUGGUAGAGCGCACUUAGACUGUACUAUGGAUUUUAUGGACAUUCAUCAAACAAUAGUGGUUAGAAUAAUUCCUUGUUCAUCUAGCUCGUUUUCCAGACUUCAUUGGCGCCUUGGACUGCAUAUGCACAUAUAAAAAUUAAAUUACCAGGUGGAGAAGAUUCAGAAAUUUUUAGAAAUCAGGAAGAUUAUAUCUUCAUUAAUGUACAAGCCAUAUGUGAUGAAAGGAUUAAAUUUCAAAUAUUGUGGCACAAUGAUCAGUAGCUACACAUGAUAGUACUAUUUUUAAUCAUUGUUCAGUUUAAGAUCUGUUUGAAAAUGCACAACUACAAAGUUGUGUGCUCUUGGAUAGAAUAUUUUAAGAAAAUUUUAUUAUAUUAUUAUAUUUCUAAGUAACAAAAGUUAUCCCUUAGAAAAAUACUUGUUAACACUACUCCCGUUACUCCAGUACAACAGCUCUAUUAUCAGUCACACAUUGGAAGUCGCAAUAGAAUUGGAUGCACAUUUGGGAUUCUGAAACGAUAGUUUCCUGUGUUAACAGUUGUGAUUGUCGCUGUUGUUUUACACAACAUUUUAAAACAGAUUGUAAUAUUAGACAGUAAAAAUUUAUUGGUAAUAAAAUAAUUUUUUUUGUUGAUUUCAUU